ACAAAGAAGCAAAAGCAACCGGACCGGGUUGCCUUUAACAGAGGAAGAGAGGGAAGAAGAAGAUCCCAUACGGAUUAUAAGAAAUUAUAUCUCCACGAAUCUUAUGGUGAAGGCGGAGGCGUGCGAGUCGUGUCGGUCGGCGCCGUGCGCAGUGUACUGCCGGGCCGAUGCGGCAGCGCUGUGCGCUGCCUGCGAUGCUGACAUCCACUCCGCCAACCUGCUCGCCCGCCGCCACCACCGCGUCCCCAUCCUCCCUGUCCGGGCCGGCGGCUUCGUCGUCCGGCCGAGCCUUAACCAUUACUAUAAUAACCAUGCGGGCGGCAAGGCCGAGACCGAGCUUCCUGGGGAGGAGGAGGAGGAGGACGAUAACGACGCAGUUCUGUCAUGGCUGCUCCGUGAUCCCGUGAAGAACAGCAAUCAUAAUAACGUUGACGGCCUCUUCGGCGAGGAGGUUGACGGGUUUUUGGAUCUCGGCGAGUACAAUUCGGGUGCGGAGAAGCAGAGCACGAGCCAGAAGCAGCAGCAAUCGGAUCCCAACAAUGGGAGGAGCGAACAGAGCUUUCAGUAUGAAGCCUCCUCUGAAGCUGGAUUCGGUAAUUUAGGUUGCACUGCUUCACUUAGUCACAGCCUUUCCUUGUCACCGAUGGAAGCAAGCAGCGUAGCAGACACCACUAUGGCAGAUAUCUCGAACUCUCACCUUCUACCUUCCAAAGGGACCAUAGACUUCUUCUCAGGCCUUCCUCUUCAAAUGCCUCCACAAUUCACUCCUAUGGAUAGAGAAGCCAGGGUUCUUAGAUACAGGGAGAAGAAGAAGACAAGAAAAUUCGAGAAGACAAUCAGAUAUGCAUCAAGAAAGGCAUAUGCUGAAACCCGGCCUCGAAUUAAAGGCCGUUUCGCUAAGAGAUCAGAUGUUGAAGUGGAUCAGUUCUUUUCUACCACUGUGAUGACAGACUCGAGCUACGGCAUUGUCCCUUCAUUCUAGUUCUUCUGCAAGAGAUCGCCGUAUGACAGAAUGCAUGAGUUACUUCACUGUUUCUAUUUUUCCAAUGAUUAGUAGCUAAAGAUAAGAAAAUUUAGUGCAACUUCACUGUGACCCUCUUGAGUAAUAUUUUUUUAAAGACAUGGGAACUGUAAAGAAUUGCUCAUAGCUUUACAACCAUUUCUGUUCUGAAUUAUGAAACUGUCUUUUGGUUCAUGUUA